AGAAAAAUGAUUUUUUUUUUAUUUGUCUUGUUUGUGUCGCUCUCUCUCUCUCUCUAUCAAUUUGCGAUUCGAUUUCUCCGAAUUCUUCUUCUAUCAUCUUCGGUUCUGCUCUCAUCUCUCCUUUCUACAAUCAUCGCUGAUGAUAUCUUUCAUCAAGACGAUUCUAAAUCAUGUUGAUCGGAAUCAGAAUGAUUGCUGGGGUGAACUCAAGAGAGAUUCUAAGGGGAAUUUGGUUGCAAAAGCAUCGACAUUUCCUUCAGGAAUCAAAGCUUUAUCAGAUUAUGUUCACAGCAAAGGGCUAAAGCUUGGGAUCUACUCUGAUGCCGGGUAUCACAUCUAUUGUGAAUAUCCCCACUUCCUUUUCCAUUACUGACUGAUUUGAUAGUGACUAAUAAUUGCGAUAGUGUGAAUGAGAGAGCAUUACGUUGUUUGUUUGUAAAAUUUAGAAAAGUCCGCAUGCUAGCCCGUGUUCCGUUUUACUAAAAUUUAGGCCUGGCCAUUUAUUUAAGUCAAAGCCCGUCGAAAA